CCCCACCCUUCCUUAAUCGUACGGAAACAAAACAGAAAUAACACGAGGACGAAUCCGGUAUUUCAGACGGAGAGAGCUCUCGUCCCUGCCAACUCUCCGAAAGUGAGGCGGAUAGAGUUCAGGCAUUCCCCAAAACCCUAACCAUUAGUACACUUCAAACAAAUCUCGCCCCACCUGCAAGAAGCUUCGAUCGCACAAUCCCCUCAUUGUUUGGUCGCAUCCAUAGGUUCUUGACAGAAAACGCUGUCAUCGAGGGCGAGGUAAAACGCUGUCAUCGAGGGCGAGGUAUUGAGGAUUCUGCUUCGCAAAGAUGCCUCCGAAGCAGCAAUCGAAGACCGACUUAGCGAAGAAGCAGAAGAUCGUCGAGGAUAAGACGUUCGGGCUCAAAAACAAGAACAAGAGCAAAAAUGUUCAGAAAUACGUGCAGAGCCUUCAGCAAUCGGUCCAGCCCAAGCCUGACUCUUCCAAAGCCGCCGCUAAGAAGAAGAAGGAGGAAGAGAAGGCGAGAGAGAAGGAGCUGAGUGAUUUGUUCAAGAUAGCAGUUAGUCAGCCCAAAGUACCAGUGGGUGUUGAUCCCAAGUCAAUCUUAUGUGAAUUUUACAAGGUGGGGCAAUGUGCCAAGGGGUUUAAAUGCAAGUUCUCGCAUGAUUUGAACGUCCAGAGGAAGGGCGAAAAGAUAGAUCUUUAUAGUGACAAGCGUGACGAAGAAACCAUGGAGGACUGGGACCAAGCAACAUUGGAGAAGGUGGUGGAGUCGAAGAAGAAAGAGUAUAACCAGAAUAAACCCACCGAGAUUGUCUGCAAAUACUUUUUGGAAGCAGUGGAAAAGAAACAGUAUGGAUGGUUCUGGGAUUGCCCAAACGGAGGCAAAGAUUGUCACUACAGACAUGCUCUUCCUCCAGGAUAUGUUUUGAAAUCUCAGAUGAAGGCGCUUCUGGAGGAAGAAAGUGAAAAGAUGCCUAUUGAGGAAGAGAUUGAAAAUCAGCGUGCAAAAACAACAACCUCAACGCCAAUGACGGCUGAGUUGUUCUUUCAAUGGAAGAAUAAAAAGAUGGAAGAAAGAGAAGCUGGAUUGGCUGCACAGCGAGCUGAGAGGGCUAAGAAUGAUCGCAUGAGUGGACGCGAAUUGUUUCUUUCGGAUUCUAGCUUGUUUGUUGAUGAUGUGGAGGCAUACGAAAAAUACCAGAGGGAAGAAGAGGCUGAGGGUGCUGAACAGAAGGCCAAGGAAAAGGCUGCUGGGGAGGGACCAAGCAGCUCAACAAGUGCAGCUGUGGCUGCCGAUUCUGAAGAUGCUCUUCCUGAGGAUGACGAUGAGCUAGACAUGGACGAGUUAAACGAGCUUGAAGCAAGUUUAUCAAGAACAUCAAUUCAAAUUGGUGAGCCGGGUGUAGAAACGUAAUCUUGAGAGGGAGAUGGGGGUUGAUAGAUUGUGUAACAGUUAAUAUAAUUUAUAAAAAAAUUAUGAGGGGGAAAAUAAUUUAUGUUUUAAGUUGGGGACGCAGUUAGAUAUUUGUGGGGAAGUAAGGGGUGUAGUUUCCAAUCCAUUUGAUGCCUGGUUUGGUGGACAUCAAAGUAAACUUGGAAUUAAAAUUGCAUGAAAUGUUUUUGGGUUGA